AUGGGAGAUUCAUUGCAGCCGCCUACCAAGGCAGACACGCCUUCCAUGGCGUGCGAAGCCGCCGACGCUGGCAGGUCUUCUGCGGCGUCCUCCGCAUCGCUGGUCGCCGAGGCCAAGAUCGAGAGCACGGUCAAUUCACUUUCCGUUCGCUGGGUCCUGCGGCUCCAGGCCGCCCCAGAGACGCACCAUGAGGUGGUGGUCCAGGGGGAGCUAGAGCAGAUGAACCCGCAGGCACCGCGCACACUGAAUGCAGAGGCAGGCGCCGACGGAGUAGCGCACUUCGUUGGGCGCAGCGACUUUCACUUUUUGCGCCCGUCGCAGCGCCACAUUUUCCGACUUCGACUGCUUGGCCAAGAAGAACCGCUUCUGCGGCUCGAAGCAACCACUGGCCGCGCUGGGCUUGCCGUGCCACCGGAAAUUGCACGCCGCAUCCCUGCAGGGAUGUGGCAGACCUACAUCGGCCCCGAGCACGAACUGGGGGAAUGGCUGGGCCAAUGUCCCGAGCCCAUGGUCUGGUGCUUUCACCCGGACUUCGCGCUGCUUCGGGCGCUGUGGCUCAACGCUUGCUUCACGCUGCCUGAGCCCCGCUCUCCCAUUACGCAGUGCCCGAACCCGGUGUCGAGGUACUGCCUCGACCUGACCAAGGGCCAACCAUGGUUAAGGAGCAAGAAGGUGCGUCGGCACAAGCACGACUUCCGUUUGACAGUCAAUGCCGACUACCAGUCCAGCUUCGAGAUAUGUCAGGCGAUGCACAUGGAGCUGCAUGGAAGCACCUGGAUCACGCCGGGGCUUAUCCAAAGCUUAGACAAGUGCCGACGUGAGGACUCGCAAGUGAAGGUCUAUUCCAUCGAGCUGUGGGAGAAGAGUUCGGGAAAGCUUGCAGCAGUGAUCAUGGCUCUCAGUGUCGGCGACAUCUUCCACGACUACACCACCGUGACGGUCAUCCGCGAUGGUCGUUCGCCGGGUUCAAUUCUCACGAAGGUGCUCGGCCACUUGUUGACCCAAGCGGGCUUCACACUCUGGUACUGGGGUUUUAAGAACCCCUACAUGGCCGAGUAUGAUGCAAGCUACGGCGGCGUGGAGCUAGACAACGCCGAGGAGUUCUGGCCUCGCUGGCGGCGUGCCAUGGCGUUGGCGAGAUCCUCGGACUGCUGCGACCUGGCUCGGCGGAUUGCCCCCGGAGGGGGCGCGUCUGCUGGCGGGAUCGACCUGGCCACACUGUCGUGA